AUGCUCCGCGCACUCCUCACGUCCAGCAGGCCGCUAUUGGCGCGCAUUCGCGCACCCUGUCUGCAGCACGCACAUCCCCAUGCACACCGUUUCGCACUCCCCACCACACAAACGACUGCGUCCAUGGCCAGGGGGAUGAAGGUUCGAUCGUCGGUGAAGCGGAUGUGUGAUGGCUGCAGUGUCGUUCGUAGGAAGGGGAGAGUUUAUAUCAUCUGCUCCAGGAAUCCCAAGCACAAGCAGCGACAGGGCUGA